GUCAAUUUAAAGAAAAAUAAUAAGUUGAUUGUUACCAAACGAAUUUUCCUUGUUAAAACCACUUUUCUCAAUUAAAAGUACCAUUUCAUAGGGUUAUUAAGGAUUAAUAAAAAUGGGUAACACAGUAUCCGCUGCGGAUAUAGCCCAAAAAACCGCAAUAGAAAUCGUCAAUCGAGAUGAAGUUGCACAAAAACACAAAUUUAAAGGGUUCGAUGGCGAAAUACCGGAAGGUUGCCCGAUGCACCAAAAGAAACCCGCAACUGAAUUAAGCGAAUCCGGAUGUCCUGUAGGAGGCGCUGGAGACGAAAUUAAUCCUCUAAAUAUGAUGGGACCGGCAAAUCAAACUCCUUCGCCCGACCAACCUUUCCCUCUAUCUAAAGAAAGACAGGUCUCGACAAUUCCUAAAGCCAUUGUCAAAGAGGGCGAAAGUCCCUUCUGGGUGUACCCGAGUGCACAGAUGUUUUGGAACGCCAUGUUAAAAAAGGGCUGGCGAUGGAGAGAUGAAGAUAUCCAACAAAAAGAUAUGAACGACAUUAUCAAAAUUCACAACGCCAAUAACGAGCAAGCCUGGCAAGAGGUCCUUAAAUGGGAGGCUUUGCAUGCUAACGAAUGUCGAGACCCACGGUUAAAAAGCUUUGGUGGUAAAGCUAAAGAUUACAGCCCGAGGGCGAGAAUUAGACAACUUAUGGGCUAUGAAUUGCCAUUCGACAGGCACGAUUGGAUCGUCGAUAGAUGCGGGAAAGAUGUACGAUAUGUCAUAGAUUACUAUGAUGGCGGUAGCGUAGAUGAUAAAUAUAGAUUUGCCCUGCUAGAUGUUAGACCUGCAAUGGACAGUUUCGAUAAUGUCUGGGACAGGAUGAAAGUGUGCUGGUGGAGAUGGUUCUACAGCGAUGAGUAAAGUUAUUACACAGUAGUAGAGUGUAAACAAUUGGUUUGUAUUGAGAAUUUGUUAAGAAAAAUGUGGCUAUCGGUACAAAAAUGGUGCAUAUUCAAUGACAAGU